CAUAUAAUUUGGCACUCGCAAAAAAACAAUCGUAAACAGAAAACAAAACUGAACUAACUUGUUUUUUUAUACGGAAAUAACGAAUCUAAUCAAACUAAUAAACCAGAAAUGUGAUUGAUAACAAACAAUAUCAAUUAGGUUUAUCGGAUAACAACAAUUGUAGUGCAAAGUAAAUUAACUUAACUCAUGAAAGUUAUGUUUUUUUAAGUUUUCAUACGGUGUUGUCGCGUGAUAAAAAUUGGUAGUGCAUUAAUAAUCAAGAAAAAGUAUAAACAAAAAAGUGAAAGAAAAUUACAUGAAAAAGUUUAGUAAUUAGUUAAAAGAAGGAGAAAACGAAAAUAAUCAAGACAAUGCAAUUUAUGUGUUACUGCAAUUUAUGGAAAAAAUAAUAUGAUGCACACGAAAAUAAUUUGAAGGUCGCUUUUUUGCUUGUAAAUAAAACUAGUACUCUCUUUUGUCCAGACUUGUUGUUGUUGCUUUUCUCUUCACUACAAAAUAAAAGUACUUGAUUUGUUGUUAUUAUUACAAAGAAGGAGUUGGGUUUGAUAAGACGUAUUUAAAAGAAGACAGUAAUGAAUAUUAUUAGAAAGCCAAACGAUGGGUCGUUAUGAAUAUGAAAAACUCACGCUUUUGCCUUUAAGCUCAAACAGUUCCAAUUCAACAAUAAAUCCAUCAUCGUCUUCGUCCGUCGAUGACGACGAUAAUAGUGAACAUGACGAUACCGUUGAAUUCAAACAGAAAACAAAACAUUUUCGCAAAAAAAUAGCCGGUGCCAUACGAACAACCUCAGCUACAUUGGCGGCAAAUAAUCGUCGCAAACUACACCUUAACCGUGGAAUUGGAAAACGCCUAGCACGCCUCGUAUUAUGUGCUUUUAUGGUUCCCAUGAUGUUAUUUUUAACAUGGUAUAGUUCUAUAUUCACUGGUGCACCAUCAAGACAUUAUCCCUUGUCCGAUUGGGAUUUUAGUGUGUCACGUAAUAUUAGUGAUUAUGUUUUGCCAUUAAAUGAUACAACAUUAUUGGAACCGCGUCAUAAGUGUCAUGAGAAAAUGUUCAUUUUAAUUGUUGUGUGUUCGGGUGUAAAUAAUUUUGUUGCAAGACAAACCAUACGUGAGACAUGGGGCAAUAUCACGGAAUUCAAUUACAGUAUGUUUGAAAAAUUGCAUACGCAUUUAAGUGACAAAUAUUUGCAACCCAAAAGACAACGUAUAAAAUUAUUUCAAGAAUUUUUAAAAUUAAAUGGCAAUCAAACGACAGCAAUUCCACCAGCUACAUUGCCAGUAAGAAUUUUGUUUUUAUUGGGUCACACAAAAGUUGACACAAGUAUGGCUGGCGGGGGUGAUAAUGAAACGCACAUACGUCUACAACAAGAAGCCGAACAAUAUGAUGAUAUAAUACAGGAAAACUUUUUAGAUACUUAUAAUAAUUUAACCAUAAAAUCUGUAAUGGCUUUGAAAUGGAUAACGCGCAACAAAUGCUUUCAACAGGCGGCAUUCUUUAUGAAAUGUGACGACGAUACCUUUGUUAAUGUUCCCAAUCUACUGCAAUUCCUAUUGGGUGGCACAGUGCCGCUGUACAACGAAACCCUGGAUUACUAUGAUAGUCAUACGUAUCAGACACUGUCCGCUUUGAAUCGUUUAAAUGCCACCAAAAAUUAUAUGGUGGGUUAUAUGUUCUGUAAGGCUCCUGUUCUGGGCAAUGUGAAGAGUAAAUGGUAUAUGCCCUAUUACAUGUAUACCAAAGAUUAUUAUCCCACUUAUUUAUCCGGUUCGGGAUAUCUCAUGUCCAUGGAUGUGGUGCCCCGGCUAUAUGAAGCAGCCUUGAAUACGAGUUUAGUGUAUUUGGAGGAUGUCUAUGUGACCGGCAUGUGUGCCGAAAAGGCAAAUAUCCAGAGACAUCAUCAUCCCCUAUUCAAUUAUGGCCGUUACAAGCAUGCCUGCACAUUGAAAGGUAUGAUAACUCUGCAUAAACUCACCAAUGACGACAUGUAUGCUGCAUAUAAUUUUGUAACAAAUGUUACAUAUCAUUGUCCACCACCAGGGAAGUAUUUUAAACGUAUACGUUUACGUAGAUUAAGUGGCUGUGGUUAAGUUUAGCAACUAAGAAUAAAAUGUAUGUCUAGGUGUGAUUGUCUAAGGCAUUACACAUUCGGGGGGUGUUUAAGCUUAUAAAAUAAUUAAUGAUUUGCCUCAAAUCUUUAUUAGAUUUAUUUGGAAAUUAGCACAAAUUUAUUUAUAGUAGUUAGGCUAGGCGCAAACAAUGUUGAAGGUGGCACAAUUUACUAUUGUAUUCUGAUCUGACAAAUGUUGAAAAUUUUAAUAAUAUUUUUGCUGUUUAUUGGAAAAUCUUUUCUGAAUAUGAAAACAUUAACUAUUAAAAUGUUAAUUUGUUUAUUUUAUUAUAUUAAAUUAUAAAGUUUAAUAUUUUGUAUUUAAUAAUGACGGAUAUUAGAAAUUGCUAUAACUGAAAGGCUGUGAAAUAUUCAAAAAUUAUUGGUUUAUUUAGUUUUUAUAGUUAUACAUAAAACUAACAAAUUUAGCAAAACAUAGCUAUACAAAUUACAAAUCCGAAAACACACAUUUUUUUUUGUGAAAAAAUAGUUUUUCUUAAAAGAUGUCCGCAAUAUGCAAAAUUAAAUAUUUCUAAAUGAUGCAGUUAUUUAAAAAAUUUAUUUAGUUUAAAUUUUAUUGUAAAUUUAUAAGAAACAAAAAUGGAUACCACCCAGAUAUGUAAAUAAAUUAAGAUACGCUUUUAUUUGAAUACUUUAUUAAAAAGGUGGAGAGAAUAAACUUUAAAUUAAACUAUUUAUUAUACAUUAUGAAAAGCUUGUGGCCAUAUUUUCCUGAUGCAGGGAUUGUCGCCACAAGCUUUUAUAUCAUAUAAAUUUUACAAUUUAAUAAAUAUGUAGUUUUAAUUUAGUUUAUUUUCUUGCUUUUAGAGCAUUUAAAUAAAAUAAAUUGUUUUAAAAAUGUUUUUUUUAUUAUUAAUUUACUUUCUUCUUUCAGAGCACAUUGAAUAUUUCGAAUUUAUGAACAUAUUGUAAAAAGCUUAUAGUUUGAAACAGCAUGUAAA